UCACUCCAAACAAGCAUGUGUGUAUGUUCCACAACUCACCAAUAUUAAUAAAUUUCACAGCCAAUUAAUUAUUUCUCACAUUUUCCUUUCUCAACCAAAAAAAAAAAGAAGAAAAAAAAACAUGUCUUCUUCUCUUUUAUUCCUACUUCUAAAACUACAAAUCUUCUUCAUAUGUUGGUCUGAAUCCUUUUCCAUUAACACUGAACUUGAAACUCUGAUGACUAUAAAAGAGUCUUUGGACCCAGAAAACCGUGUCUUAAUCUCAUGGAACAAUCAUUCUGACCCAUGUAGUGGAGUUUUUGAGGGUAUAGGUUGUAAUGAGAAAGGUUUUGUUAGUAAUAUAUCACUUCAAGGAAAGGGACUAUAUGGUAAAAUACCUUCAGUGAUUGGUAGUCUUAAGAGUUUGACAGCUGUUUACCUGCACUUCAAUGCUUUGAAUGGGAUUUUGCCUAAGGAGAUUGCAAGUUUGACUCAGCUUAGUGAUUUGUAUCUUAGUUUUAAUAAUCUCUCUGGUAAUAUCCCUCAUGAUAUUGGUAACAUGUCAAAUCUUCAAGUUUUGCAGCUUUGUUACAAUGAGCUUAACGGAAGUAUACCUAGCGAACUGGGAAGAUUAAAGAGGCUAACCAUUGUUGCCCUCCAAAAUAAUCACUUAAGUGGCGCAAUUCCUGCAAGUUUGGGUGAGCUAGAGACACUAGAAAGAUUGGAUCUCAGUUUCAAUACCCUUUUUGGUCCAAUUCCAGUGACAUUGGCCAAUGCACCUAAACUACAGACUUUGGAUAUAACAAACAAUUCACUCUCUGGCAGUGUCCCUACAGCACUGCAAAGACUGAAAGGAGGGUUCAAGUAUAUUAACAAUCAUGGUUUAUGUGGCACUGGAUUUUCGGAUUUAGAUUCUUGCCGAAUAGUAAGCAAUUCAGAUCCAGUUAGACCUGAACCAUAUGAACCAAUAAAUAAUAUUACUUCAAGAGAUUUUCCGGCUGAAAGCUGCGGCGAUGCUGAUUGUAUAAAGCGGUCAGAAACUUCAACAAUUGGAUUGGCUUUUGUGAUGAUUGGUGUUGUUAGUGUUUUUUCUGUUACUGGAGUUUUUCUGUUCUUAUGGUAUCAUCAUAAGAAACAAAAAAUUGGAAGCACUGAUGAAAGUAGUGACAAGAUCAAGAAAGUAUAUCGGAAAAACUAUGCAUCUCCGCUUAUAAGUUUGGAGUAUUCGAGUGGAUGGGAUCCGUUAUCGAAAGGUGUUAACGAGGAUUUUCUGCAGAGCUUUAUGUUCAAUCUAGAAGAAGUAGAGCGCGCAACGCAGUGCUUCUCGGAGAUGAAUUUAUUGACGAAGAAUAAUAUUUCGGCUAACUAUAGGGGUAUCUUGAGAGAUGGAUCUGUUGUGGUUAUAAAGUGCAUUGCAAAGACAAGCUGCAAGUCUGAUGAAACUGAAUUCCUGAAAGGUUUGAAGACGUUAACUUCGUUGAAGCACGAAAAUGUAGUUCGGUUGAGAGGAUUUUGCUGUUCGAAAGGCCGGGGGGAAUGUUUUCUGAUUUAUGAUUUUGUCUCGAAUGGAAGUUUGUCAAAGUAUCUUGAUGUUAAGAGAGGAAGUGAUCAUGAGGUACUUGAAUGGUCCACGAGAGUAUCCAUCAUCCGCGGUAUCGCCAAAGGUAUUGGUUAUCUGCAUGGAAAGAAAGGAAGCAAACACUCUCUUGUACAUCAAAAUAUAUCAUCUGAAAAAGUUCUUGUCGAUUUUCGGUACAAUUCGUUACUUGCAGAUUCAGGAUUGCACAAACUACUUGCUGAUGAUGUCAUUUUCUCCACCCUCAAAGCUAGUGCUGCAAAGGGUUACCUGGCUCCUGAAUACACAACAACAGGUCGUUUCACGGAAGAGAGUGAUGUGUAUGCGUUCGGGGUGAUCGUUUUCCAGCUUCUCGCUGGAAAGCAUGAUAUCACUCAGUUAAGUCGCCAAUGGAUAGAAACUGCUAGUUUGAAAUAUGUUAUUGAUGAGAAUCUUGAAGGGAAGUUCGGAGAAUCGGAGGCAGAAAAAUUGGCGAGAAUCGCCUGCCUUUGCACUCAUGAAUCUCCCCAUGACCGACCGACUAUGGACAAUGUAAUGUUAGAACUGAGUGAUAAGUGGUAAGCAUUUCAUGACAAGAAGAAGAAUGAUAUUUGGAGUGGCUGUAAAAUCGUAUGUUUUCCUAAAAAGUUAAUUAUGUUCAAAUUGUUUUGUAUUAUAGUUGAGAACAUGCAGUGUUGAGAGAAAUUUCUUAUGUACAUAAGGAAGGUUGCCUUUCAGGUUCAUAAUGGAAAAUAAUAACUAUUAUUAUUA